AAAAUCUCGUUCUUUUUCGUUACAAAUCGUUUAAAAAAAAUAUGAAGAUAUUGUCGAAAAUAAACAAUUGUGGUAGGGACGAUAACUAUAAAUGAGUAGAAGAACAUAUGUAAAUUUUAAAGCAAUCGGUUGAAUACUUUUUCUUGUAGGACCUUGACCGUUUCAGAAAAUGAUGAUUCGAGAAAAACGCGUUUAAAGUUUAAAGCCUGGUAGACAAUCGCUUACGACACGUCGGCGACUAUGAGCUGUAACUUAUCAAAUACUAUGAAUUUUUCACAGCAUGUUUUCAAUAGGUUUUACUGUCAAAAUAUUAAAAAAAAAAUCGAUUUUUUGAAGUGCUCACAUGAGAAUAAUCCCUUAACUAGCCUAUCAAUCCACUAAUUGUCAAGUACUUUAUUUAUUUAUUUACGUUUAUCGAGGAGUAAAAAAACAAAUCAGGGAUGGAAUCGUUGCCAAUGAAUGUCCAUUUUAUCCUAGCGACUCUUAAUCCUUUCCGUUGUUUUUGCUGUUUUCCUAUUAUUUAUUUCAACUUUGCGGAUUUCCCGAUGAAACCUCAAGAUCUUGCUCCGUGAAAUCCAUUCCAAAACACCCUUUCAAGAAUGUAAAAACUACCCGAGAAACAUCGGAAGAGAUUUUUAAAGGAUUAGUGGAAAACGUUGACCCAUUUACGUGAAAUCGUGCGAAAUCGCCAUCUCUUUAUUUACGUUCCCAUCAUACGUGAACGUAAAACCCUGGUCACCGUGCUCUGGUGUCUCGAGUUUCCGAAGAUUGAGAGGAGAAAGGAGAUACUGAUCUGCUCUGAAAAAUCGUGGAAAAAGGGUGACCAAGCAUCGGAAAGUCCUUAAAAAGAAAAAGAAGGAAGAAUGGAGGGAGUCCUGCAGUGAUUCCCAUCGUCCAUUGAUUCUUUGGUUUUCUUUUUUUUUUUCUCUUUGUUCGAAAAAUGUGCGUGCAAAAUACGCGUGGCCUCUCGCAAAUGCGCAGCUUACCUCUUUGAUCCCAGUCUUCUCAGCUUCACGGAAGAAAAGAUUUUUCACUCGGGGAUAAAAGAAAAACUGCGGGACAGCUUUGGUAGUGGGAACGUAGUGGUCAAAUCGAUGGGAAAAUUGAAGGGGUGACAUGUCCAUUUGUGGUUGACCAGUUGUCAAACGAAUAUUUGGCAAUUCUCGAACAAUAUAGGGUAUUAUCUUUUCUACUGUCGAAGACCAAACCUCGAAGGAUUUUUUUUCAGUUAUUGAAAUCUAGAUUUUUAUUUUUUUAUGUUACACAAUUUAGAUUGAUUGAUAAACUUUUGGUUUAUCAUUUAAUCAUUCCAUUAUGGCUUUGUCGUUCGGUGGAAUGUCAAUAGAAUUAUUUCAAAAAUGUAUAUAAAUUGAAAUGUUCUGCUGGCAUCUUCUCGAAGGCUUGAGGACGGAAAGAAAUUAUGUGCAAAAUAAUAAUUUUGAUAAUUUGUUUACUUCCGAUCUUCACUUCAUGAACUUCAUUCCUCAUCCAAUAAUUAUUUAUCAGUAAAUGUUAGAACCACUUCUAUUUAUUUCGACGCACUUCGAAUGGUCUUCAAAAAUUGAAAGCAGAAAAAAUAUUUUCUUAUUAUAGACCACUUUUUGUCAACCAUUUCUCGAAUUUUCUCCAUAAUAUCCAUCACAAAAUACAAAAUGGAUUCGGACAAAGAGAACGUGUAAUAAGAAACGUAAAAAUUUUCGCAAUGUAAUCUUGCGGCAUUGAUCUCCACCGAGAAAAAGGGGUUGGCUUUUCCUACAUUUAGUUGUGCACACUUGGAUAAUGGAGUUUCUGCUGGUCCUCAUGGCUCAGUUAAGUCUGAGUUGAAUCUAGGAUUAGUCAGUGUAACCAUUCGGGUCCCCCGGACAUCUGUCGCAUUGACGGACGGUGGUCAGUUGAACAUCUCAAAGUGAACAACAAUGCGGUCUCUGAAUUUAGUCGUUCGUCAUCAUUCGUUGCAGGGUAGUUUAGGAUAGAGGUGACGCAUAUUAACCAACUGAAAUAUUCAUGAAUUUAGAAUUAUUUGGGUCUGGAAAGAAUCAUCAUAUUGUACAGCCACCAAUUUUCGCUGGAUAUUAAAAUUCACUGAGCGAUUGACACCGUGUAAAUAUUCGUUGGCCAGCUGCGAAGCAGAGACUCAUCAAAUAUGUUGAAAUUAGCAUCUAAAAGUUCAUGAAAUCGAUUGAUACAAAUGGAUGAUAUUAAACCCCUGUUGAACCGUUUACGAAAUUGAGAAAAGAAGGGAAAUCUCGGUGACCACCAACUGUGCUGAGGGCUCUUCUCGUUCGUAACAAUGUUACUUAAUAAGCUUACCAACGCACCACCGAGGAAGAAGAAAGACCGGGUUUAAGAAAUAUCGAUGGGGGGGUGGAGAGUGGGAUUGUGUCUGUACGUCCUGGGAAUGUCAAGCGCCCAUCAUAUUCCAUAUCCUUCGCUUUCCGGACCCGUUGUUGUUGAUUUGCCUGCCCAGCCUCUUCAGACUUGGGUCACCAACUGUUUCACCGAGGCAAAGAGGUUCGGCUCCUCCCUUUGGAUGAUGCAUUUAAAAGGACCUCACGUUAAAAAGCGUCCAUCAAAAAAAAUAUUGAACGGUCAGCCUUUUGCCAAGGGAGUGGUGAUUAAGACCCUAAUUAAAAAACCAAAGAAGCCGAACUCAGCAAACAGAAAGUGUGUACUUGUUAAACUGUCUUUCGGCAAGGAAAAGAUCGCUUAUGUGCCAGGGGAAGGGCAUAAUCUGCAAGAGCAUAAUAUUGUACUUUGUAGAGUAGGGAGAGUUAAGGAUUGUCCUGGUGUAAAAAUCAAGUGCGUUAGAGGGAAGUAUGAUUUACCUCAUGUGGUCAAGAAAGAACGGUGAAAUCUCCCAUGUACUUGACGGCAUUUAAAUAGUUAGCGGAUGAAAUUAUAUACGUUUGGAAUUGGUUUCCGUAUAUAAUACUUGUUUCAAGAGAAAUACAUCUCCUUGAACUUUUUUUUCCGGCCACAGAGACUGGAAUAAAUUCUCAUGAACUCCGAACGCAAGAUGAUAUACGCUGAAUGCGAAAAUCAUCAACUUGGAAGAGGUCGGGCUUUCUGGGGACUAUUAAGUGCUGGAACACAGCGCAUCGGGGACCAGAAGGAAAUCACCAGUUACUUUAUGAGGGUUUUCCGCAACUAUGAAGGCGCUUUGUAGUCAUUAGCUACUGAUGGAAUUUUUUCGUAAAUUAGCAUAUAAAUUAACGGGACAAGUGUUCGGUUUCCUUUAAAAUAAAAUGUUGUGAUGUGACUUGUCAA